AGUCACAGCCAGGUAACCCAGGAGCAGAGUCCUUUAGUUAGAAGGGGGCCGUUAAACUCGUCACUCUAGUGGCUUUAACCCUCAACCCUGAGGCACUUUAGCAACCGGCCAUUUCCUGCAAGCCUCUAAAGCUUGUCUUUGCUUCAGAUGGAGCCCAAAGAAGCCACUGGGAAAGAAAACAUGGGCACCAAGAAAAAGAAUCUGACUUUCUUGAGGCCCAGGCUUUAUAUGCUGGAGAGAAGGAAGACUGACACUGUGGUUGAGAGCACUGUUUCUGGGGACCACUCUGGUACUUUGAGGAGGAGCCAGUCUGACAGGACCGAAUACAAUCAGAAAUUACAAGAAAAGAUGACACCACAAGCUGGCGGUUCUGCGUCUGAGUCCCUAACUCAAGAGGAGGAGCAUCAGAUGCAGAGAAUGAUGGCAAAGCGUUCGAAAAUCAUCAAAGAGCUGAUACAGACGGAAAAGGACUAUCUCAAUGAUCUAGAGCUGUGCAUUAAGGAAGUGGUUCAGCCCUUGAGAAAUAAACAGAUUGACCGGCUGGAUGUGGAUAGCUUGUUUAGCAAUAUUGAAUCGGUGCAUCAGAUAUCAGCCAAGCUGCUGUCAUUGUUGGAAGAGGCCACAACAGACGUGGAACCGGCCAUGCAAGUAAUCGGAGAAAUAUUCCUGCAGAUUAAAGGGCCUCUGGAGGAUAUUUAUAAAAUCUACUGCUAUCAUCACGAUGAAGCGCACAGUGUACUAGAGUCCUAUGAAAAGGAGGAAGAGCUGAAGCAACAUUUGAGCCUCUGCAUCCAGUCCUUAAAGAAAAUAUACAUGCAAGAAGGCAAACCAAACUUACUAGACAUGGGCUCCUUGAUGAUCAAACCAAUUCAGCGUGUGAUGAAAUAUCCCCUAUUACUGUGCGAACUUCGUAAUUCUACCCCUCCCUCUCACCCAGACUUCAGAGCACUGGAGGAAGCCUUUGCUGCAGUGAAAGACAUUAAUAUAAACAUAAACGAACUUAAAAGACGGAAAGAUUUAGUUCUAAAAUACAAGAAGAAUGAUGAGGAUGAAUCACUUAAAGAUAAGUUGUCUAAACUAAAUAUUCAUUCAAUUAGCAAGAAAUCAAAAAGAGUGACAAAUCAUCUUAAGAUUCUGACCAGAGGAGACUCACAGGUGAAAGACAACACCUUUAACCGAGAAGAAAAGCUCUUUAGAUGUUUAGAAAAGACUGUGAGGCAUUGUGUGAAGAACAUUUCAUUCUGUCUUCAACACCUACAGGAUGUCAUGCCCUUAGCUCUGCAGAGUGUAAUGGAGCUCCAGGAGAUUUCAUGCAACAAAGACGAGGAGGAGAGGGGCUAUUCGGAGGCCCCAAGUAAUGCCCCAAAUCCUUGUGAUGAUUUUGCAGCUCAUUUACAGAAGCUCGUCCUGAUGCCCCUGUCAGCCCUGCUGUCCCUAUUCCCAGGGCCUCAGAAGCUCAUCCAGAAACGCUAUGACAAACUGCUGGACUACAACAGCUACCUGCAGCGCGCAGCAGGAGAUGAGUCAGACUUGGCCAAAAAAGACUAUGAAGCCCUCAAUGCCCAGCUUGUGGAAGAGCUCCAGGUGUUCAACCAAGCUGCGCGGAAGAUUCUGUCCAACUGUCUGUGCAGUUUCAUCACUCUCCUCAGGGAACUGAUGUUGGUGGCACAGCGGCUUUGUUCCACAGUGGUGCCGGUACCACUGUUGGUUUCAAACAUCUCUGAAAUUCAGAAUCAAGUACUAGAAGAGAUUCAAAAUCUGAAUUUUGUAAAGAAUAAUAAUGCCACCUUUAUUGAGAGGAAACUUAGUUUUGAAAAGAAGAAGCAUGUGCAAAUUCUGCCAGAAGUGCCACGUCAAACUGAUACGCACCGUGCCAAACUUCUAUCUACGUACAGUACAGAGGAACUAUACCAAGCUAAGCGCAAGUGCAAUGCUACACAAGAAUAUGACAUCAAUCUUCUGGAAGGGGAGCUGGUGGCUGUGAUGGAACAGAAGGAUCCAUUGGGGAGUACGAGCAGGUGGCUUGUUGACACCGGAAUUAUAAAAGGAUAUGUGUAUUCUUCCUUCCUAAAACCCUACAAUCCAGCAAAAGUACAGAAGGUGGAUGCUGAGAACAGGCUCUAUGAUGACGAUUUUGAUAACAUCAGCCUCUUUGUGUCUUCACGGCCAGCUAGUGAUGUCACAGGCACCCCGGAAGGUAGUAUAAGUGAUAGCAGCUCAUCUCUUAGUGGCACAUGUGGAAAGUUUGAAACAAAUGGCACUGUUGUUGACAGUUUUCAAGAGGUAGAUGAACAGAUUUUCUAUGCUGUUCAUGCCUUUCAAGCCCGAAGUGACCAUGAACUCAGCCUUCAGGAAUAUCAAAAAGUCCAUAUACUUAGAUUUUGUGACCUAAGUGGCAAUAAAGAGUGGUGGUUAGCUGAAGCUCAAGGGCAAAAAGGAUAUGUGCCCGCUAACUACCUUGGGAAGAUGACUUAUGCUUAAGAAAAUAAGGCUUUUGACAUUUAUUUUCUGGCAAGUUGUUGAUUGACUACCUCAUAAAACUGACAUUACAAUGUCAGCCUAGAAAUCAGGAAACCUCCAAACUACAUGAACUGAUACUAUAUCAGAUUUUAAGGAAGACAUUGCUCCCUAACAGGAUUAUUUCAAACUGUACUAUGAAAAAUACAUGUUGAAGGAAAUAGUAAACAUAGCAAAACGAACAGUCCAAGCUCCAAUUAUCAACUAUUUACAAGUUGAGAGCUUUUGAAAGAGGGUGUUCUUUACCAUCGUGAAAGGUUGGCUCUAAGGACAAGAUUUUUUUUCAAUUUACUGUAUUUUGUUUGUAUUAUGUAUUUUGCCUCAAAAAUGUAUUUUGUUUUCCAUGUCUCCCUCCUGCACACGCAUGCACGCACAUACAUACACACAUACAUACUACAUACAUUAUAUGGUUUACACAUACAUAUGUGUACUAUAUGGUAUCAAUUAUACACAUAUACGCAUAAACCAGGGAAUAUACUAAAUAUACAUAAGAACAGGAAUUGAUUAACUAACAGCCAACUAGAAAACUAAUGUUAGAGAGGGGGCCUUUCUUUAAUAUAAGUUGUGAAUGAAAAAAACUGAAUAGUAUGAAACAUUUACUGAAUGCAUACCAUGUGCCAGACAUUGUUCUAAAUGCUUUAUAUAUGAUAACUUAUUUGAUACAUAAUGAGGAAACUGUGGCCCAAAGAGGUGAAUUUAGCUCAAGUCACAUUGCUAAUAAGUGAUAGGGCUGGAUUCAAACUUAGGUCUGGUUCUGGGGUCCAUAAUCCUAAGUAGUACACUGUACUAACCCUCCAGGAGUGUAUACAUUUGCUCUCACAAAACACUCAGCGAUGCAAAUAAUGGACAGUAACGAGGACCAUUUUCCUCUCGGGUCCUUAUUUGAGUAUUGACAAGUUUUUCAAAGUCAAGGGCUACAAGAACUUCCGUAUUAGCCUAGAGAAAAAUGAAGUAUCUAGGUUUAUUAUUAUUGUUUUGCUUAAACAUUUUUGAAAGUGUAAUUGUUUAAAAACUAUCCUACAUGAUUGCUAGUGAUACUUUAAUGAAGAAAUAUUUUUGGAUCACUCAAUCAUUUGGAUGAUGAAUGGGGAAUGUGUGUUCCAUGUUCUGAGCCAAGAUAUAAAUAUUUUUAGUUGCUGAUUUGUACUUAGUCAAGGCAGGCACUGAGGAUAACAUUUGCUGUAACACAUUGUCCUGGGACACUGAAUUUUAAUUUGGGAAUAGCUCAAAAUUGUCCCCUAAGAUUUCAGGCAUAUUUUGUCAAGACAUUUCAUUGAACUAAAGAUGUUUACAUAGAACAGAAAAAAGAUUAAAUUUGACUUAGUGGUUUCCUUUAAAAAACAAAAUAAGGUAGACUUUCAUUGUCCAUAUAAAAUGUGCUAAUAUGACAUUAAAUUUUAAUAUUUAAAUAAAAAGUACUUGAAAGGAUUUGAUCUCUAUGAUAUAUAUUGUUACAUGUAUCACUGAGGAAUACAAAUUAACAAAAUAAACUGCUUUCCAGAGGGUUGCUGACUUUAGCAUACAUAUACGACUGUAAAACCACAGAUAUUUAUACAUUUUAUGAUACAUGACAAAAUUUACAUUUUAGGAUACAGGUGUCCCCUAUUAUCCAAGAAUAUAUGUUCCAAGACCCCCCCAGUGGAUGCCUGAAACCUUGGAUAGUACCAAACAAACCAUAUAUGUACUAUGUUUUCUCCUAUGCAUACAUACCUAUAAUAAAGUUUAAUUUAUAAAUUAGGCACAGUAACAGAUUAACAGUAAAAUAGAACAAUUAUAACAAUAUACGGUAAUC